CAACAUCUGAAGGCACUAGGAUACAUAUGAUAAAGAGGGAUCAUCAAGAGGGAUUCUCUCAGGUAUAUUCCGCAAGAAAAAAAAAACAAAAACUCCCAUCAUCAAGCAGUGAGAAGCCGCAAUCGUCACAUCCAAAUUCUCAAAAGCAACACAUCACACAUAUCGAUACAACCAAAAGACCGAUAAUGAGUGCGCACUAUACAAUAUCCACCCCUCCCCCUCCUACGAAUACAACCACACGCUUCUCCGCGAUGGCUGCAAAGGAGAUAUACACCCACAGCACCGACAUCCAAGAAUCGCUCGCCAUCGCUCUCCACUUCCUCUCGGGAUUCCAGGCACAAAACUGGCCGACCCCAUCUGAAGUGCUUCCCUUUGUCGGACGCGCCAACACGCGGACAUCGCAGCUCGAUGCCGAUAUUGUGGUUGCUCGGCACUUGAGCCUGACCGCUACGUUGUGCAAGCUCGUGUCCCUCGACAUAUUUCCCAAGGACUGCACUCGGUGGGUUGAUGCUGGCCCUGCUCCUGGGUCCAGAAAUGAAAGCGAGAAAUGGCGUCGGGAGGGCGAGCUCCUUGGUGAAGUCGUUGUUCUAGCCGACGAGGCGCGCGAUAUCAGUGAGUAUUUUGGCAGGUAUCAUGGCGUCAAGGGAACCCAACAGCAGGCUGGACAGAUGAAGGAACUAAAAGCAUUGUGGGAAUGGUAUGAGGAGGUUGUAUCGCCGGUGCUGGAUGAAUUGAUGGAGAUGAUGGAUGAGGUUUCGGGAGGGGAGCAUGAAAAGAAAGAGGAAGAUUGUAAGUCAAAGUCGAUGAGUGCGAAUCACCAGCACAGGACAAUCAAGAGGAGGUGUAAGUUCCAUCCCGGCUCUUUUCGGGAGAGGAUGAAGAAGGCGCGAGGCGCUGAUGUUGAGGGGACUGGUUGA